AUGGAGCAGAGCCCCAAAAGACGUAAGGUUUCCCACCAGGGCGACUCGAGGUCUUCUGCCAACAUUGCGACCGCAAGCCCUUUUGUCCUGCAAACCGACGAACUUCUGAAGGAGGUCAAGGUCGACUAUGCGAAGGCGCUGGAUGGCGCGGAUACCCUUCUGCAUAAGCUCAAGAACCUGAUCGACGGCAUUGAGUCUCAUGGUCCCAUUCCUAUCGCCGAAGCAACCCGCAAGUUCCAAAAGACCCAUCGCAUCAAGAUUCCCUACCCCGAACCGAAACCCGCCGACGAUGUGCCGUACAAGCUCUCGUACGAGAAGCCUUCCGCCUACAAUGUCGUUGGUAGCUAUGUGUCGAGGACAAUGGUCAAGGCCCAAGCCGACAAGGGCGUGGACAUGAUUGUGCAGAUGCCGGCUUCUCUUUUCCAAGAGAAGGACCACCAGAACAUGCGCUACUUCUACAGAAGAGCUUAUUACGUCGCCAACAUUGCGGCGCAUCUGCGCAAGGAGCUGGGAGCCUCCACAGAACUGGAGUUUGAGCAUCUUAACGGAAAUGCUCUUUUGCCCGUUCUGUCCAUUCGACCGACCGAGACCUCCGAAGAGACCAGCGACGACAAACCAUCCAAGGCAGAUUACGUUGUCCGAAUCAUUCCUUGCGCUCCCGAAGGCAUCUUUCCCAAGACGAAACUGCACCCGGCAGCCAACAGCAACCGCAACGGACAGCCCGAGAACUCCAAGGAUGCGACGGCUGCCACGCCGUUUUACAACUCGACACUCAAGGCCGAGGACACUUUCGUCACCUACCUUCGUGUCCUUACUCGUGCCAAGACGGAAUGCGCUGCCUUCACAGAUGCUUGCGUGCUGGGAAGAAUCUGGCUCGGCCAGCGGGGUUUGGGGAGCUCGCUUUCUCGAGGUGGAUUUGGCCAUUUCGAGUGGGCUAUCAUGAUGGCUCUCCUGCUGCAGACAGGUGGACGUAAUGGCCAGCCGGCUCUGUCCUCAGCUCUCAGUAGUACAGAGCUGUUCAAGGCCACCGUCCAAUUUCUCGCCUCAACAGAGUUCUCCAAGAAACCGUUCGUGUUUGGCACCUACAAGCAGGGAACCGACAUCAUCCGCGAGAGCGGGCCCGUCAUGUUCGACCCGGAACGUGAGGUCAACAUUCUGUACAAGAUGAGCCCUUGGUCAGCAAGCUUGCUUCACUUCCACGCCUGCACAACCAUGGAAGUGCUCAAUGAACCCUUGGCCAAUCAGUUCGAACCCACCUUCAUCACCAAGGCCGACAUGCCUCUGCAACUAUUCGACGCCAUCUUUGAAAUCCGGAACGUUGAUAGCCACUCGAGGAGCGACAGCCCUGACCGACGCGGCGCUGUCUGGGACCUCAGCUUCAAGGCAAACACAGUGCUCAAGAAGGCUUUGAAAGACAGGUCGCAGUUGAUCCACUUGCAGAGCCAAGACCCAGCCCCAUGGCCCAUCACCGGAAAGCAACCUCGUAAUAAUGCCACGAUCCAGGUUGGCAUCAUCUUCGACCCUGCGAAUAUGAGCCGCGUGAUGGAAUACGGCCCCUCGGCCGAGCUCGAGAAAGAGGCAGCCAAGUUCCGCAAGUUCUGGGGUGACAAGGCCGAACUACGACGCUUCCAAGACGGCAGCAUCCUGGAGUGUGUGCCGUGGUCAAGCAAGACCGCGGCGAGCAUUUAUGAGGAGAUUGUCCGCUACAUCCUUCAACGUCACCUGAGCUUGGGUCCCGGGGACCUUCGAUUCCACGAUGCUGAGCUCCCCUCGUCAUUGGACAUCUCUCCACUCGACAAGGACGCCUUCGAGGUGGCCAGAAAGGCUUUCCGGACUCUGGAGUCUGACAUUCGCGGGCUGGAAGACCUGCCGCUCUCAGUCAGACAGCUUUCGCCCGUUGUUCCCGAACUUCGAUCCGCGUCGAUCAACCCGCCAUUCACCGCUUCGCAGAAAACCCCUCCGCCUAUGGAUGUGAACUUGUACUUCGAGGUGUCCAGCAAGUGGCCAGAGAACCUCGUCGCUAUUCAAGAGACAAAGAUCGAGUUCUUGCUCGACCUCGACAGGAGGCUCAAGGCCGUCAACGACAACAUCACAACCAGCCUAGGCCGCGACAACGCGGUACGCGAAUCCGACAAUCUGGCCUACCUGGACGUCAUCUAUGACAACGGCGCUGCUUUCCGCUUGCGAAUUUUUGCCGAGCUGGAAGAGACCCUCCUGGACAGACAAGCCAAAAACAAGACCCUCGACCCGCAAACCAGGGUAAACGCCGAAGAGGCUCUUUUCGAUCUCAACUGGCAAUUCAAGCACCUCCCCCUGCACACGCAGACCAUCACAACCUACUGCACCCGCUUCACCACGCUAUCCACAACGAUUCGCGUUGUCAAGCACUGGUUCAACGUGCACAAACUCGCCGGCCACAUCAGCGAGGAACUCAUUGAGCUUCUCGUCCUCCGCGUCUUCCUCCAACCGCACCCCUGGAAGACCCCGUCCAGCGCCAUGGCUGGCUUUUUGCGCACCAUCCUCUUCCUCUCCCGCUGGGACUGGCGCGACGAGCCUCUCGUCGUCGACUCAUCGGACGACAUGUCCGCCGACGACCGCUCCGUCGUCCAGAAACACCUGGAAGCCUGGCGCGCGCGCGACCCGAACAUGAACCACGCCGUGCUCUUCGUCGCCACCCCGCACGACCACGCGGGACUGGCAUACACCCGCCACGGCCCCUCCAAACUCCUCGCAACCCGUACGACGCGCCUCGCCAAGGCCGCCAGCAAGUUGAUCAGGGAGCAAGGUAUCGCGCUUGGCGUGGCAGAGCUCUUUCAGCCUUCGUUGGGCGACUACGACGUGCUUAUCCACCUGUCCACUUCCGCCUUCAAGCGCGUCGUUCGCGAUGCCGCAUCGGAGGUCGGCAUGCGCCACUCGCUCUUCAAGAACCUCGACGAUCGCACCGGUAAAGUACCCCUGCCGCUGAGCAGACCUCCGGCCACUGUUUUGCUGCAAGAGCUGGAGGCGGCGUACGAAGACACGCUCAUAUUCUUCCACGGCGCUCCUGAGGAUGCCGUCAUCGGUGCCAUCUGGCAGCCCAAGCUGCGCAGACAGAACUUCCGCGUUGGUUUGCCGUACAACUUCCAGAGUGUUGAUGAAGAGGAGGACGAUGUCGUGGAGGUAAACAAGCCGGCUGUGUUGCUGGAGAUUGCCAGAAUCGGCGGUGAUCUUAUCAAGAAAAUCGAAGACACAUCAUGA